AUGGGCCGGGACCCGCUGCUGUUCCUGCAGACCCUGAAGACACUGUGGUCCACUCGGGAGCUGGGACAGCUCCAGGAGGAAGCCCAGAGGGGGUUCGCCGCCCUGGAGGACCCGCUCGCUGCCCUCCUGGACAUGCUGGACGGUAGCCGGGGCUGGCGGGGGAAGGGCCCCUCCCUGGAGGCCUGGGUCGCCCGCGAGCUGAAGCGCUGCUUGCAGGCACAGCUGUGCCCGGGGCUGGCCCAGGGCAGCCCAGGGCUGAAGCAGCUGCAGGCCCGUGCGGUCAGGCUCCUCGCCGAGAGCCCCCCCGGCCUCGUGGAGCCGCUGGUCAGCAUCUUCCAGCUGCAGGACGCAGACCGGAGCCCCCUGCUGGCUCACGUCCACCGGUUGCACCAGGAGGGCAAGUUCAAAGAAGCCAUCGUGCUGGGCACAAAGCUGCGGCUGCAAGCAGAUCUUGAUGUUGAGAAGAUGUGCAUCCCCCUGCUCCUCCAGGACAAGGCAGACCUUGUGGAACGCUACGUGGAUGGCUUCCCCGACCUUCAGCGGAGGCUGCUGGCCCUCAUGGACUCCUGGUGCCAGCCCGGCUUUGACAUCAGAGUCGUCGCCAGAAGGUACCCGCAGACGACCUUGAGGCUGGAGAGGCUGAGCCCCAGAGCGCUGGGUCGGCAGGUCCUGCGGCUGCUGGAGCAACACGGCCUGGACCCUGACCUGUGUCCCAACGUCGUCACCCAGCAGCGCCUGGCCGCCCUGUGGUAUCUGUGCUACAAGCGGCUGGUAGAGAGAAGCGUAUCUCGGGAGAGCUGGGCCGAGCAUGUGCAGGGCCUGGUCGGGCAGGACCAGUGGCUACAGGAGCAGCUGCUGCAGCUGCUGGCGUCUCACGACGACGCGGCCCUGGUCGCCCAGUGUGCCCGGGACCUCCUGCUGCCCGAGGAGCAACUCCCUGCCUCGGUGGCCGCAGAGCUCCGCCAACUCAGGAUCCAGGAGAGGUGAGCGACGGCUGAGGCCCCUCUGGAGGACGGGAAGGACGAUUACUACCAGCUGCCCAUCCCCAGGGAGCACCUCCACUUCCUGGCCUCGUGGGAGGACCUGGCCAGGCACCAGGAGGAGCUCCUGCAGCCCGGCCGAGUGGCCGGCACGGACCUGGAGUGGAGGCCCUCGUUCGGAGCCGGCCCGGCCCUCAUGCAGGUGGCCGUGGAGGGCCGCGUGCUCCUGCUGGGCCUGCCCCAGCUCUCAAGUCCAGCAGGAGGGCAGGCGCGCCGGGCCCUCUUCCGGCUGCUGUCCCGGCUGCUCGCGGACCCCUCCACCACCAAGCUGGGUUAUGGGUUGGCGGGGGACCUGCGGAGCUUGGGUGCCUCCUGCCCGGCCCUGGCCCAGGCCAAGAAGCAGCUGCGGGGCAGCGUGGACCUGCUGCAGGUGCACAGGCAGAUGCGAGCAGCAGACAGGCCAGCCCCAGGCGUGGAUGGGGCCGCAGGGCCGCGGGGCCUCAGCCUCCCGGUGCAGCAGGUGCUAGGCAAGCCCCUGGACAAGACGCAGCAGCUUUCCAACUGGGACCGGCAGCCGCUGGGCGAGGGGCAGCUGGUCUACGCAGCCGCUGAUACCUACUGCCUGCUGGACGUGUACUGGGCUCUGUGCAGAGAGCCUGCCCGCUUCCACCUGUCGGGGGACCUGGCCAGGAGCCUGAGGCUGGGACGCGGUGAGAGGGCGGGGGCUGGGGAGCUGCCGCCCCUUCAGAAGGCCUCGGCCUCGCCCCAGCAGGUGCCCGUGGGUGAGGACGCGGCCCCCGAGGUCCCAGCCAGGGCCUUCCGCGUGGUGUGUGACAGCAUGCUGCAGGGGCUGGCGCGGAGACUCCGCUGUCUGGGCAUCGACGUGCUGGUGCCGGCCACGGGUGAGGACCACCGCAGGGCCGCCGAGGUUGCCAGGCAGGAGGGAAGGGUCAUCCUGACCUCAGGGCUGCCGUACCACAAGCUCCGGGCCCAGGUUGGGGCUGGGCGCUGCCUCUCGGUGGACUGCUCCCUUAAGGCGGCGCAGCAAGCCACAGCCGUGAUCAGGCAUUUCAACGUGUGUGUCACCCACUCGGACAUCUUCAGCCGCUGCCAGGCUUGCAACUGUCACCAGUACCUGAAGGUCUCCAAGGAUGUAAUGAAGCAGCUUGUGUGGCUCAGCGGCCACCCAGAAGGCCCUAGCAGUACAGGUGACGAGGCCGCCCAAAUCGAGGAUGAACGGGAGACAGGCUCAGCCCCAGAGGAGGCCCCUGGGGGCUGCACCUACGAGCCCUCUUGCCACUGGCUGGAGGAAGAGGACCUGCAGAGCCGCGUGCCGGCCACACUGGGCGACGGCACCCGACUGCAGCUGUCGGGGGUCCCGGCAGGCGUGCUGCGGAGGCUGGGGCUGCGGCAUUUCUACUGCUGCACGGGCUGCGGCAAAGUCUUCUGGGAGGGCUCCCACCUGGGCCGAGUCGCCGAGAACUUCCGAGAGGUUCUGGAAGGUGUCCCCGGCUCCCGCGAGCCGAGCAGAGCCCCCAGCCCAGCCGGCAGCCCCUCCUGA